UCAAAAAAUAUAGGACCGAUGGAGAUACAGAGAUGUCGAGUGAAAUCACACUUAGCUGCUAUCAGUCCAGCGGCCUGAGAUAGUGAGAUGUCAAGUGUGGUGGUCCUUGAUAAUGGCGGCGGUCUUAUCAAGGCCGGCUUCGGAGGUGACCGCGACCCGGUCGCCGUCGUCCCCAACUGCCUCGGCCGCCCCACCUCAUCCAAGAAAUGGCUUGUUGCCGACCAACUUCUCGCCGCGGAGUCGGACAUUACUUCCGUCUCCAUCCGCCGACCCUUCGACCGCGGCUACCUCAUCAAUCCUGAUUUGCAGAAGGAGAUCUGGGAUCGCGUAAUCCGCACUCUUCUACGCGCCGAUCCCUCAACUUCCUCGCUCCUUCUCGUUGAACCCCUGUUCAACCCCCCUUCCAUCCAGCGCGCCACCGAUGAGGUCGUCUUCGAGGACUUGGGUUUUCAAUCUCUCUUCGUCGCCGACGCCCCUUCGCUUGUACACCUGUACGAGGCAAGCCGACGGCCGGUGGAUGGGUUGGCAGCGAUGGCGCAGUGCAGUUUGGUGGUUGAUUGCGGCUUCUCGUUCACCCACGCCGCUCCUGUGGUGCAAAAUUUCACCUUGAACUAUGGUGUGAAGAGGCUAGACCUCGGAGGGAAGGCACUCACGAAUUACCUCAAGGAGCUCGUUUCCUAUCGUUCUAUCAAUCUUAUGGAUGAAACCCUGAUCAUAGAUGACGCCAAGGAGAAGCUGUGCUUCGUAUCUCUUGACGUCCUGAACGACCUCCAACUUGCCAGGAAACCAGGGAAGGACAAUCCUUUCAGAUGCACUUAUGUUCUCCCCGAUGGCAUUACACAUACAAGGGGUUUUGUUAAAGACAUAGAUGAAGCACAAAGGUUUCUCUCACUACCUGAUGGAUGCUCUACUACGCUAGGAAUACCGGUAGUCGAUAGUCAAGCAGAUAUAGAGAAAAGGGAGGAUAGGAAGAGAAUGGACAUGAAUAAAAGCGAAUUCAACCUUACAAAUGAACGUUUUCUUGUUCCUGAGAUGAUGUUCUGUCCAGCUGAUUUGGGUAUGAAUCAAGCUGGACUAGCUGAAUGUAUCGUCAGGUCUGUUCAUGCAUGCCAUCCAUAUCUUCAUCCUGUACUCUUUGAGAGCAUUGUCCUGACUGGUGGAAGCACAUUGUUUCCUCGAUUUGCAGCAAGGCUAGAGAGGGAGUUGCGACCACUGGUACGAGAUGACUAUCGAGUGAAGAUAACUAGCCAGGAAGAUCCCAUUAAAGGCGUGUGGAGAGGUGGAUCAUUAUUGGCAUCUAGCCCUGAUUUUGAAUCAAUGUGUAUAUCCAAGUCGGAAUAUGAAGAGCUCGGGUCUACACGUUGCCGGCGUCGGUUCUUCCACUAAUCUAUAUGACAAAUACUGGGAUAAAUUAUUUUGUGCAGACAUCGGACAUCAUCCGGAGGCCAACCAGAAUGCGCCAUGUUUUAUUUUUUUGCUCAGUGCCGUUGCUAGGUACCGGGUGAUGUGGCGCGUUCUGAUUGACCUCCGGACCAUCCGAUAUCCACACAUAAUAAUUUCUCAAAAUACUGGUAUUGAAUUGGCUCUGGUUUGAAUCCCAAGCACCAGAAUGCAGAAAAUCUUUCCAGGUAAAUAUACUGUACUCUUUUUGGCAAUUAGUUUAUUGUAUGACCUGAUGGCUUCAGUAGAUGUAUACACAAAAGUGUAAUUUGUAGCUCAAACCUUUAAUAUGUCUACAUUCUGUUAUCAGGCUGAGGAACUCAGGGAGUUUUUGAGCUAUUUAAUAGUGCUAUGCUCUGUAAAAUUCAAAAA